GUACCGAAUCUUGGCAAGAUGACAACGCUGAAGAAGGACGAGAAGCGAGCUUCGAAGAAGUCGAAAAAGGGAAGCCAGAAAGCCUCCGGUCGCGGCGUGAAACCGGUAAAGGAAGAUCCUGUGAGAAACAGCGAGUUGAAAGAGGAAUCAGAAUCGAAGAACUACCUAGAGGUGCACGAUGUCGACGUUCCGGAAGAGGUGACGGAGACCGGCAAGGGCGGGAAAUUCGAUCGCAAGCACUCGUUUCGUCGUAAAAUUGGCUCGCUGAUAAGAAGCAGCGCGGAGUUACCGGCGGUGAUAAACCGUGGCCUGCAGCCUAUUAGGCGUAGUCUGAGUUUCAGCAAGGAUUUGAACCGAUCGCACGAGCCGAACAAGCCUUACAGAGUGAGGAGUGCUCAAUGGUACAACAGUUUGGUGUCUCUGGCGGAGGACAAGUGUCUGGACGAACCUGAGGUCCUCUCGUCGAGAGACAGCGUGUCCGAACCUCCCAAGGCUCAAGUGACGAGAACGCAGAGUCUUAUCGACACCACUUUUGCCAGAAGUCCAAGACGACGAGUAAACGAGCUCCUCAAUCGAACCGCCCCUUUUGGACGACACAGCGAUCACUAUGACUCUACAAUAGAUUUAAGUAAUCCACCCUGCGAAGCCAGCAGCCUUCCUGCUCUGUCUCACACCGCAAUUUAUGAAACCUACAACCUGGGCCGUGAAUGGGAGCAACAGGUCAGGAACGAAUGGAGGAGCCCGAAAGCCGUUGCUGGAAAUUUGUCUCUGCUGCAUGUUGGACAAUUCCCCGCGAACCAUCACACGGUGCGUUCGAGGUCGUUGACCCAGCUGGACGCUCUGGGCAGCAGCAUGCUGGACACGGGGGAGCACCAUCUGGGGGGUGGUCCCUCGCAACAGCAAUCCCAUCACCUUCACCACCACUAUCAACCUCAACAAUUGCAGCACCACCCCCAAAACGUCGAAAGUAAUCCUCGUUUUCUUGUGCCUACCGCGUCCGUCGAGGCCGGCCACCAGAAUCGCUCCAGGCAUAAACUGUCUCGAUCGCAGGUAUCGAGUAGCGAGUAUUUCAGCGUCAGCUUCGACUUGGCCGACGAUGCGACUACCUUGGAUCGUGACGAGUUUCUGCCAGCUACGAAAGGCACUUACUUGGCGGAGGCGUUGAACACCGUUUGCGAGAGACGAGGUAUCGAUCUGUCACGGAUCGAAGUUUUCGACGGUUUUUCGCCGCCAUUGCCGAUCCUGACAACGGACACCUCGAGCCUUGGUGGCAAACACUUGCGAAUAACAGUGAAGGACAAUGACAAAUCGAACUCGAGGUCGACGAGUCAGAGGGCUAAUCAAAGCUCUUCGCUGAGGAAAACAAGCGGGAGUUAUCGAUGUCGAAGUGGUCGCUUCUUCAGCGUGUCCACGGAAGACUCGAGCGUCGACUCCGAGAUCAGCAGCAGCACCACGCUAACAUCCGGUCGGAGUUCCGCUGGGGCUGCGGGACUCAAGACCAGCAAACAGCGAUGGAGCGGUUUUUUUACCAACACGAAGGGUACCAAGUUGGAUCUCCUGACUGCCCAACUGGACGAAUACAAUAAACACGGUGUACCAAAACUCACGGACAUUCAACUGCCCUAUGAACUUACCCUUAACGAAGAUGCCUUGUAUAACUUAGAGGAUGACUGGCGAGUGAUUGUACACAAUUCAGACCAAUUGUCAGAGAAACAACAGCAGCAACAGACCGCUUUGUGGGAGCUGGCUCAAACGGAAGUAGCUUAUAUCAAGACAUUGAAAGUCGUAACAGACCUCUUCAUGGCGUGUCUGUGUAGCCUGCAGACCUCGAAUAUCCUGAACGAGGUCGACAGGACCAAGCUGUUCAGCAAUAUACCCGAAAUCUACGCCGCUAAUCGCUAUUUUUGGACAGAAUAUGUAUUAGCAAUGGUGAACACUUCGAGGACCACGGGACAGCCACUCGAUCCUGGUCAUCUUCUGCAAGGUUUCGAGACGUUCGAGCAAACGUUCGCACCGUACACGCGAUAUUGUGCCGAACAGAGCAGGUGCCAGCAGUAUUGCAGGGACCGUUUGAACGAUAAUCAGUUGUUCACGGUCUAUCUUGUGUGGUGCGAGACUCAGAAGGACUGCAAUCGAUUGAAACUUCUUGACAUACUGGUGAAACCUAUGCAGAGGUUGACCAAGUACUCGCUGCUCCUAAAGGCGGUUCACAAGAACACCGAGAACGAAGAUCAGCGAACGGAGUUGACGCAUAUGAUCAAAUCUGUGGACGAUUUCGUGGCAUCGGUGAACGCCGCUUUGAGGAGGAACGAAGAGACAGCACGACUAGCCGCUGCUGCCUCUCGCAUCGAGAGCUAUGACGUGGUGGAGUCCAGAGACGAAGAACUGGAGAAAUUGAUUAAAACACACAGCACGUUCGACAUCACCACCGCACCGAUUCCCGGUUGCCCGAAGGACACGUUGAGAGUGCUUCUUCGUGAAGGAGACUUGAAACUGAGAGACGCUGCUAGCAGUAAGAUGGAAGUGCAUGUGCUGUUGUUGACGGACAUGCUAUUGAUCUGCAAGCCGUCGACCAAGAAAACCUCGUCUAGUGGGCUAAGUGGAACGGCCGGUGGCUGUUUAAAGAUCAUAAGACAACCAUACGUGAUCGAUCGCAUCCGGAUAUACGAGUUAAAAGAACCAACCAGCUUAGGAUUGGUUUACUUGAACGAAUAUGGAGCAGCAUCGGCUGCUCUGGUUCUCAGUGCCGGAGAAUCAAAACUGGCCAAGUCUUGGAUGGAAUCCAUAAGAAAGGCUCAACAACAAUUCGCGUUAAUGAAAGUACCACCGCUCGGAGGUACUAUAAGUUUGGGAACGGUCAGUCGACAGCCCAGCACUUUCCUCGGAGACGUUGAUUUUGAAGGCGAAGAGUGCGAGGGUAUUCUGAAAACACCUCGGGGAAGCAGCAGAGCGUCCAGAGUAAGCAGUCUUGCCCACAGUCACAGUGGAAGCAUAGAAAUGGAGGGUGUGUCCCCGGGUAGCAGUAACUUCUUACCCAGCUACAAUCCGAGCAGGAACGUCAGCGUUGAAACUAGCGAACCACCGCGAGCCUCCAGUGUGUCGUCCGAGGAAGGAGGUGAGAGUUCCGGACACAAUCACAGACCCUUGCAAAUAAGACGAUAUCUGCUGAGUAAGUCACCGACGCCCAACACGCUGAGCGUUCAAGUGCCAGCCUACUCUAGUUUGGGCCAAUCGCUGCCAAACUUGACCCUAGCCACCUCGCCACAAACAUCGACCGUGUCUCCGACACCGCCAAACUCACUUCUUAUCGUACCCCAAAUAACAAAGAGCAAGGACACUUUGCUUUCACCAGGGCACCGAGGUAUCUCGUAUCCACCACCGUCGCCUCCGAGAGGUGCUCUCCGAAGAGCAUUCGCGAUUCCGCAGUCGCGAAACCCACCUCUCGUUAAAACCAGACACAUAAGCACCUCUAUGACCCAAACGGUUCAGCCUACGAUGAACCUAGAUACGGAAGCUAUCGAGGAGAGACGAAGAAGGCUGGAACCUUCGCACAGGAUGCCAUCGACGAGCAGCAUCGCGGAGGAAAAGGUUCACGGUUUGACUCGAUCUAACACUUUCACCGUUUUAAGCCUUCGAAAGAUCUGAACAAACUCUGGAAUACCUGCACCCACCGAGUUCAAAUUAAUUUCAGCUUUCCUGCUUACAGUAGGAAAAUCCUACUACUUGUUACGCCCGUUAUUGAAGCGCUCUCUGCUGGUCUCUUGAAUAUUCAAAUAGCACGAAUCUCACUUACUGCCUAGAGGCUCGUUAAUGACGAAAUAGAGCCAGCUGAAAAUCAAUAUCUACAAGACCUACAAUAUAUAUAUAUUUCUUCUCUUUCCUCGUUCUUUACAAAUCAAGAAUAUAUCCGAAAUUUCUGCACAGUCGUAAUUCGACAAUCUUUUUGUAUUAACUCGAUGCUGUUUUUUCAGAAAUGACAAGAACUGGGAUACAAGAGUAACCUACCAAGAAGGUAAAUUGCUAACGGACCAUCUGCUAAUUUGAUGAGGGUGUACGUGAUACGU